GAUUUGUGCCACAACCAUCGAGCAGAGAAGAAGAACUUGUUCUAACCUAUAUACAAGUGAUAAACAAAAUAUCUGUUUAUAUUUUAUCCUUUUAAAGAUAAUUUAGUUAGAGUAAAGAAAAGUUAGUUACAAAGAAAAUCAUAAAAGCAGAAUGCGAAUUACAUGUUCAUACCGACAAAUUGUUAAUCAGCAAACUCUCGAAGUUUUGAAAAGAUCAAUUAAUAAGACAAUUGCUGAUGCAGCGCCCCAUAUCCAAGCAGCUAAAGAGAAGCAAAUGAAAAUUCUUAGUUCAAAAUUAAUCCAAUUUAAUGAUUGGUAUAUGAGGAUUACAGGUCUGGAUAAAGUGACUUUGGCCCAAGAAAAAGUGACUGCAUUGCAGGACCAGCUACUGCAGAUUCAAGAAAAAAGACGCAGUGUUGGAAGUCAACUGGCAGAAGUACGCCAACGAUCGAUCGAUUUGCAAGAUGAACUGCACAAGGUUAAACGACAAGAAGACUUAGAGCGGUUUUUGGAACUAAUGAAAAAAGAAACAGAGGUUUUGAAACUUGAAAAGUCAAUUGCUAACACGUUUCAACAAUAUGAUCAAACUGAACGGGAAUUGUUUACAGCCUUUUCUGAUUCGAUAAGAGACUCGCAUGAGAAGCAAAGGGCACAAAUGGAGUACACAAAAUAUUUCGGUUUUGUCUUAAGUAUAGCUGGCUCUUUUUUAGCGUUUGUUUAUUCAACAUUAAGGAAAGAGCAACUGAAACAAAUUAUAGAUGAGAGGUUGAAAAAAGUCACCGAAUUAAAUGUUAAUAUGAUGAAUACAAUGCUCGCGAAUCGAAGUACUCUUGACAAAUUUGAUGAUCGAGUUACAAACAUAUUAACUCAAUUGUCCAAUUACAAUCGGAUAAAUGUUGAUACAGUUCGCAACGAUGCAACUAGUCCAAGUGAGGCUGACACAUUUCUUAACCUAAAUAAUACUUAUUUGCAAGUUGCUGGUAUUCUACUCGGUCUGUGGUUAAUUUCUAAAGCUUUGUCUGGUUGAUUACCAUUAAUUUUAUCUAUCUAUUACCGUUUAGACUAGGGCUCGGAAUUUUUAAAAAUCUUAUAUUCGAAUAUUCGUUUAGUGGUUUAUUGGAAUAUUCGAGUAUUCGAAUAUUCGAGUAUUUCUAAUCGUAUUCGUUAGAUAUUCGAGUGUUCGUUUUCCGUUCACCGUUUUUCAAGAUGAAAAAUCGUUAUCCUAUCAUUUUUUGCAACUAGCCGCAACGAAUAAAAAAAUGCCUGCGUCGGCACAUUAAUUGUAACACCGCGCAAAAGUUGAUGACGCGUAUCACCAGAACACAGAGACGUAAUUUUGCAUUCAUUUGCAGGAGAGUAAAUAUGAUUAUUUUAAUUUGCUUGUAAAUAUAUGGGUAUUUGUUCAAAUGCUUGUAGAAUAUGAAUAAUUUAUUUUAUAAAAGUAUACAAAGUGCAUAUAAAGAUAUUUGCACCUUGUGAGUUUGAUAAUGUUGGUGUAUUCGAGUAUUCGAGUAUUUGAAUAUUCGAAUACUCGAAUAUUCGAGUUAUGACUACACAUAAUUAUUCGCUUUUCGAAUAUUCGAAUACUCGAAUUAUUCGAGUUUGAUUCCGAGCCCUAGUUUAGACACAACAAGAUGCCGUAUAAGGGUCAUUUUGAAUUAAGAUAAAACCGCAUUUAAGUAGAUUCGCAAGAGAAUAAAUGAUGAUGCGAGCUGUGUUCCAAAAAUGUUGUAGCUUUAAAAUGAAAAACAUUAUUAUUAAAGUUAGUGAUUGAGUUUAAGGAUGUUGUAUUUUAUGUGAAGAGAUAGCGUUGUACAUUAUAAAAUAUUGAAGUAGUCUCUUUUUUUCUAAUUUGUAAACACUUUAUAAGGAUAGAUCGGUUGUGUUUUCUGCAAUAGACUACAUAAAUUUAUUGUUGUUAGUAAA